AAAAUCAAUAUUUCAUAAUAAUAAUAAGGUAUCUAUCUAUCUAUCAAUAUUUCAAUAAAUAUUAAUUAAAAGGUUAUAAAAUAAGUAAGCAAACUAAAUUUAAAAAACAAGCAUUAUGGGAGUUGAUAAGACUUAAGAAGAAAUUGUUCUUGAAAAUAAACCCGAACUUCUCAACGAAUACAAAUUUAUUUACAAGGAUACUGAAUAUGACUGCACUGAAUAUGCUAAAUCAAAUAAGCAUCCUGGCGGUCUUAAUUUCCUCAAUUUGUUUAUUGAUGAGAAGUAAGAUUUGACUGAAUAUUUCAGAACACUCCAUUCUAAGUAGGCUUUGAAAAUUUUAAAAUCCUUCCCUAAGACUGGCGCAAAAUAAGAGGAGACUGAAUCUUCAAAGAGAUUCUCAAUAUUAAAGAAAAAGCUUAAGCAUUUAUUCGAACCAAACUGGCCUAUCGAAAUUGGUUUAUUCUUAACUACCUUUACUUUAUUUGUCACUGGAUGUUUGACUCAAAAGUGGUAUUUCUCUAUUCCCCUUCUUGUCUUAAUGCAAAUCAUCAGUGGUUGGAUUGGUCACUCUAUGAACCACAAUCGUAACCCUAUAUUAAGAAAAUUCGCUUUAGUCUACGCUCCUCUUUGUGGUGGUUUCUCUAAUAAAUGGUGGGGUAGGAAGCACAAUCAACAUCAUAUGUUCACAAACAACAUUCUAAAGGACGAAGAUAUCUAACACGAUUACAAAUUGUGGUAAUUCCCCUUCUUAUUUUUAAAGUGGAAAUUAGACUCCAUCUUAGCUUCUUAUUAUGAAUUUGAAGGAAUCUUCCUUGCCUUGCACUGGGUAUUAUUAUUCAACUAAAACUUCUAUAUCGUAAUUCUUUCUGAAUUGAUUGCUGGUUUCUUCAGUGCUUCUAUUCUUGUUGGAAAUCAUGAAAAUGAAAUGAAAUUCGAAAGAAGAAUCACUUUACCAUUUUUCGAACAUCAAAUAGCUGCAAGCAGAAACUACGCUUUCCACGACAUAUUCUCUCUACUUAUUAUGGGUGGUAUGUAAUAUUAGACUGAACAUCACUUUUUCCCAUAAAUUCCUUUCUACAGAUUACCCAAAGCUCGUGUCAUAAUUGCUGAAGAAUUAAAGAAGUGGAACCUUAAGAUUCAUGAAGGACCUAUUUUUGAAAAAUCUCACCUUUGAAAAUAAAUAAAUUUAUUUUAAAUGCAUAUUUUAUUAGUAAUACUAACAAUUGUAGGAAAUGUGUUAUGGUUUGUUUACUUAUUACUUUUUAAUCUGAGAAAACAGUCUU